CGGUGCACCCCUCUGACUCGCGCCUUCUCACUCUCGCCCUUCGCUGCAUGGGGAGCGGAGGGGAGGGGGAGGCGAGUGAGGGAGUGAGUGUGGACGUAAAAAGCCCUGCUGUCCGGAUCAUGGCCUGUGUUGUCAAAGCGGAGCUACCUCACAUGGACCCUGCAGCUCGCAUGCACGUGGUGCGCUGUGCUGCCUUUACCAUCCCUCCCACCCACCGGCCAAGCCUCUCCCGAACCACCAUGGACAGCUUUGGCACCGCAGCAGCUGCAGAGGCUAGGGGUGCCGAGCAUGCGCCGUGGCUCAUGCGCCGGUUGUGCCGUGUGUGCUGCCUUCCCACCCUUGCCCUGCGAUGCCAAGAGGUGCGGGUGUUCAUGGCGCAGCAGCUGGAGCCAUCGGUGCAUGUGGAUCCGGCAGCAGCGGGGGAGGUGAUGGAAGCAACAGAUGUGGCGGCACUGGUGGCCCAAGGCACACUGCACCAACUUUUCACACCACAGCAGCUCCAGAAAUUGCUACUUAUGGAAAGGGAGGUGGUCCUCAGCUCCAUCAACCAAGGGUAAUUCUUGGUAGUGCAAAGUUCUCUAA